UUGCUGGAGAAACACUCACAGAGGAAAAGAGAAGGAAGUGUGUAAGGACACGAGAAAGACAUGCAGAUGUACGGACAAUACGACUGAAGACAAGUGGACACGAGAGACGGUGAACACGGUCCAAACAGAAGUGAGUUUGACGACUGAAGAGUGUACAUGAGACACAAUGAGAAGCAGCUGAGAUCAUCUUCAAUCUCAGGAGGACUCGUGAGUCUCUGAUGAUGACGGAGAACAUGGAGCCACCUAUCUCACCCUCCUCCACCACACCAUCUCCAUCUGUCGUCCAGCGUGUCAGUCCCGCACACACGGCCUCCGCUCACGCUAACGAAACAAACGAGACUGACAGCCGUGCGGAAGAGAUGCCCAGCACGCAUGAGCCAGCGGCCACCAUAGCUAAGACAGAACCGAUCCAAUCUGAGACAGCGACGAGCCUCUCCGCCACAUCCACAGACUCCAGCGCCAAUCGUGUCUCCUCGUCCUCGAUGGCGCUCCCUCCAAACGUUCCGGUGAUCAGUCUGGGUCACAGUAAACCGCCACUACCGCCUCUCCCCCUGCUGACCCCCCCACUGACGGCACUGCACCCCGCACCCCCCCUCCCACGCGGCCCCGCUGAACUGCGUCUGGCGCAACUCUCCUCGCUGUCUGCCGUGGGACCAGCCCCUGCCCUCCUGCCACCCCCCUUCCUGCAGACACACCCCUUCAUCCACACCUCUUUUCUCGCUCCGUCUGGAGGUUUCGGGAUCUUCAGUAACACUCGUAUAAAGAGGCGACCAUCAGCACACUUCGAGUUGGAGCUCACUGAAGUUUUAAAUCCAAUAAGGCACCAACUACUUGUUGAUUCAUUGUUUUUCCACAAACUGGAAAAGAUAAGAUGGUCUAGGAAAGGUCCUCCUCAGAAGUUGGCUCGACGCGUCUUCACAAACAGUCGUGAACGCUGGCGACAGCAGAAUGUAAACGGCGCGUUCUCUGAACUUCGCAAACUCAUCCCGACCCAUCCGCCCGACAAGAAACUGAGCAAGAACGAGAUCCUGCGGCUCGCCAUGAAAUACAUCAACUUCCUCGUCAAGCUGCUAAACGACCAGGCGAGAGAUCAGUCGGGUAAAAAACGAAUGACGGACGGGACAGUGGGCAGGCAGGAAGAGGACGGGACAAAUGACGGGCAUGAGGAUUUAGGAAACAGACUCUCCCCGUCCCAUAACUCUUCCACUCGCUGCAACAGAGAUUCCACAGACUCAAUGACAGUGCUCACCGCAUCGCCCGGCUCCAGUUGCUAUGGCGACAGUGACAGCGAGGAGAGCUCACGAUCCUGUGCUAUUAAGAUUAAACACGGCAGCGGCGGGAUAAUGGAGAAAGUUCAAGAACAGAUACUAACGGUCACAGCGAGCAGUUACCAGCGGUGACCAGAACUAACAACCAUAAACUGACAAACUAAAAGCCGCUGAGCGGUUGAAGUGUCAUCCUCUUGAUGUAGUGUGAUCUCUUCAGAUUCAGUUUUGUGUUUGAAUUCAUGUCAUUAUUGCGUUGAACUAUAUUUCACAACUAAACAAUUCAUUUUCUUGCUUGUUUUCCAGUAAAACAAUAUAAAGGUACUUGAGAAGUAGAAUGACAAGAUAUUCUGGUUGUCAGAGAAAUGUUUGCUUAUAACAAGAACUAUUUCCCAAUGGGAUGACACAAAACAAACUAGUUUAUUUUAUAACACUAUUGGCAAAUCGUUUUUUUCUUUUAAGCAUAAACCAUAAAGCAAAAACAAAGUCUUAAUAUCUUAUGCCAUUUUGCUUGUCAAGUCAUGUUUUCUUGUUUUAAGGGUGUUUAGAAGACAAAAAUACUCUGUAUGAAAAUUAUUUUUUGUCUUGUUUAUGCUGUAAACAAGUUCAAUAUCAGUAAGUGCCACAAGACAAAGUACAUUACAAGUCUUAAAGGUGCACUCAGUGAUGUUUCAAUAUAUGUCAUUUUCAUGAGUACUCACUUGAGAUGAAGACUCCAGUCAUCCAGUAACCUUAUAACAUUUACAUUUAUGCAUUUGGGCAGAUGCUUUUAUCCAAAGUGACUUACAGUGCACUUAUUACAGGGACAAUCCCCCCGGAGCAACCUGGAGUUAAGUGUCUUACUCAAGGACACAAUGGUGGUGACUGUGGGGAUCGAACCAGCAACCUUCUGAUUACCAAUGUAUUAUACAGAGCACUUAUUACAGGGACAAUCCCCCCGGAGCAACCUGGAGUUAAGUGUCUUACUCAAACACACAAUGGUGGUGACUGUGGGGAUCAAACCAGCAACCUUCUGAUUACCAAUGUAUUAUACAGAGCACUUAUUACAGGGACAAUCCCCCCGGAGCAACCUGGAGUUAAGUGUCUUACUCAAGGACACAAUGGUGGUGACUGUGGGGAUCAAACCAGCAACCUUCUGAUUACCAAUGUAUUAUACAGAGCACUUAUUACAGGGACAAUCCCCCCGGAACAACCUGGAGUUAAGUGUCUUACUCAAGGACACAAUGGUGGUGACUGUGGGGAUCGAACCAGCAACCUCCUGAUUACCAGUGUAUUAUACAGAGCACUUAUUACAGGGACAAUCCCCCCGGAGCAACCUGGAGU